UAUCACUAGUCAGAUUGUAUAAUGAACAAAUUCGCAAUUGUUCGGUUACACAUGAAUACGUCAGUGAUAAAAGAAUUCUAAGGCCACACGCAUGUGGGUGAAAUUAAGAUAUGAGUGUAUCUAGUAAAUGUUUACAGUGGGUUUCCACUGACGAGACAAUCUUUUAACAUUAUCAUCAUUCAUUCUCGUUGAAAAAAUUGAGAUAUUAUUAUUUUGUUUUGUUCCUGCCUCAGUGCAAACGGACCCUAAGUUUGUGUACUACACGUAUUGAUAAUUGUAAAGCCAAUGCCCUUGUCUUUUUUAAAUUUUCCUUAAAAAAUAAACUAAAAUGCACAUCAGUUUCUCUUUGUAUUGGAAAAUGCACAAAAUUCUGUACCCGCAAAUCUUUUAAUUCGUAAAAAGUAUAAAAAUGAAGAUUCACAGGAAGAGGAAAUAUGCUCUUUAUGUCCGUCUUCUCCACUGACGAUAAAGGGAGACGCACUGCAAUUACGGAUGUUUGGGUCACUUCGCUAUUUCGGCGAAUUGACUUUAUGAAUCAGAACGGAUAAGAACAUUUUGGUUCUUUUAUUUCAGCUGUAACUUAGGUUAUAGGUUUAUUUUAUCUUGAAUCCGUAUUACGUACUUGUUAUUUCUAAAUGUACCCUUGAGAUCUAUGUUUUCUAAUAUAUGUAAAUAUCUUACUUUCAAAACAAGGUAAGUCUACCUGACCUCAUUCUAAUUAAACAUCAAAUAUCCAUAUCGCCUAUGUUUCACGAUUCUAAGAAAAAUAUAUCAUCUUUUCUUAUGUUAAUUUAUUUAUCUUUAUAACUAAUCGAUGUCGAGGAUAUUUCCCUUUCAAUGCAUCCGUCAGAUUCAUUUUCCCUUCCAAUCCUUUUUUUAUAAGGGAAACAGGACCGUCUACCUUUACUCCCCACUUUAUGUUCCCCACCUUUGAUAUUCUCAUGACUUUUUAAAAGCUUAUACUCACCAAUGAGGUAAACGUCUAACUAAAAGUCUCCAUUUAGACAAAAGUGCUAAUAAUUUCUAUUGAGUUUAAAUUGGCAGGAAUACUCUGUUCAGAACUAGGUACAGCGUUGGAGAAUAGGCGCAACACUAGAUUAUCUGCAUAGACGUCCCAUCCCUAACUCACACCUGUCAAUGUCAGACGUAUUGGACAUCGCGCCAUCCUGGCGGGAUCUCUGGCUCUGAGUGUUUACAUUAAUUACGCUAGUUGCAAUUAUAUUAACUGAUAAAAAUUCAUAACAUUAAUUUGUGAAACCAAAAAAGUUCCUAUCGUAUUUUCUAUGCGUAUUACCUUUAUUUAUUUUGUCCCCUUAUCACUAUUUGAUAUCAUAAUAAGGUAUUUAAAACAUUUUCUAGCGGCGCUUCAUUCAGACAACGCUUGUCAUCUGUCUUGGCGGGAAAAUUGACAGUUCGGCAUUUUUAAUUUCGUUUUUUUAAAUAGUUUUAAGGCAAUUAAGAAAGGUAUGAAAUUUAAUUCUUUAUAGCUUUUAAAUUAUUAAUCUUUUAAGUUAUAGUGCGUAUUAGAUAAAGACAUUUAUUUUUGAGGUUAUAAAAUAUCUACAUAUCAGUUAUAGUAAUAUUUUUUUCCAGAUGAUAAUCAAAACUUUAUGUUUUCUGCUUGCUGCUAUAAACUACGGGCGAAGUCAAAAUUCUAAUUGUUUUUUUACUGACAAUGUGGAACCAAACCGCGUGUACUACGUGUAUAGCCCGGGCUACCCCCGCAACUACACCCCGGGGGUGCAGUGUCGGUGGAUCGGCAUCUGUCCUGCUGGCUAUCACUGCAAGCUCGAUUGCCCCGAUAUUAAUAUACCCCAGAGCAAUAAUUGAUCGAUGGAUCGUCUGGUGAUAUCAAGGACAGGAGAUUCUCAGAUGUCAAGUUCAAAAUCCUACUGCGGCAGAGGUACGCUCAGCGUGACAUCUGUAGCACAGAGAAUAUCAAUAGAUUUGAUGUCGUCAUACAACAGCACCGGCGGCCGCUUCCUCUGUCAAUUGACAGCACGGCGAUAGCUUGGAUUCAAUAAUCCUGACCGAUUUGUCGGUUGAAAAUGAAUCGGAAUUUGUUGUAAAGCCUAACUUACUUAAGUAUAAUAGUAAAAUGUUUAUUUUAUAUUGUUUAAUACCUCAUAAAUCAAAUGUCUAUCAGGAAUAAAUAUUACAAAUGUUUCAAAAAAUACAAGAACCCGAGAAAUUAUGAACAUUUCGCAACUUUGCGAUUGAAAUCCAAGACACACCAGAAUCUUGUAAAAACCUCUUUUUAG